UUUGAGUCUCUUUUGAAAUAUUUGAAUAUCAAUGAUUACUCACUGAGUGGCUCAUUAACUGACUGUUGCCAUUAUAUUGCAUCUUAAUUUCAGGCUUCAAGAAAAUAAUAUUUUUCUGUGUAAUUAAAAAUAACGCUAAUUUUCUUUUGAGUGUCUCUUAGAAAAUUUCUAUAUAAGUAAAAGUAGUCCAAAUAUCUGGAGAGACAAAUGAUUGAUGUUGAGGAACAAUGACAACCCAAUAACAAAUUUGUACCAAGAAAAUUGGUGGAAACAAUUACAACUGCAUAACAAGCAGUCUUAUAAGGAAAGGAUUUUAAAGAAUGUAACUCCUUGGUUUAUUUUAACACCUCAAGUUAUUCAACUGAUAUUUUUAAUUUCUGAGAUUCUUCAUCAGCCUCCUGAAGUACGGUACCUCACCAUUGAAAUCUUUGACAGGUUCUUGACCUGUCAAUAUCUGCAGUUAUACGCUUAUGUCUGGAAUAAGCCUGGUGCCAGUAUUGAAAAUUCACAACGUCAGUGGGAUCGUGUUGUUGACAGAGUGAAGCACCAACUGAUCCUUCGUGCUUUGACCUGUAUGCAGCUUGCUUCUAAACUUGUUAAUACUUCUGAGAUCCUUACCCCUGUGGCAAUUAUGAACUUCCUCAAGCAUGCUAAUCAGGAUUUCACCGAACAAAGUAUCAUAUCAUCAGAGAGAAGAGUAUUUGAAACAAUCCAGUUCAAGAUUCCAUUUUCUCACCCCUUGACAUAUGUUGAGUUUCUAAUACAACAGUUGUCAGAUCCACAAAUCGACAUUGAUUUAGACUCACUGUACUCCACUAGCAUUAAAGUACUGGAUGUGGCUUAUAUUCAGCAUCAUGAGAUAUACUUGAAACUCUUUCAUUUAAUUACUGGCAGAUGGGAACGAACACCGAGAGAAAGGCAGGAGUUCCUGGCUGUGGAGUGUGACAAUAUAUACUUGGCAUGUGCAGUCAUAGUGUGCGCUGCUGAUAUCUCAGAAGCAAACAGCAAAAAUGUCAUUAUCAAACUGCAUCAACGAACUGGCAUCCCUCUCAAUGACCUGCAAGGUUUAUCAUCUAUCAUAACAGAACUUAUUGUUUCUGAAUAGCAGACACCCAAAAUUAUCAUGAGAAAGAAAAAGGCAAGACAAACAUAUUGCAAAAAACAUUGUUCAAUAAAGUUUAA